AUGAGGUUCGCCGACAUGGUCAUCGACCUGGCCUCGGUCCUGAGCGCCUCUCGGUCGGUGGCGUCCAAGCAUGUUGCGUUGCGGCGUUUGCAGAUGGACCGUUACAGCAAGACGUCGAGCAUACUAAGGGGAGGCCCGCAACCGCGGCCACGGCAGCAGCAUAAAACUGGUGAUAAUCCUCCUGACUCCGGGAGUCACGAUGGCGACACAACGACCGGGGUAGAGCCAAUUCCCGAACGGACCGCCGAACCCCUCGAUGCGGCGACACCGACGUCUAGCCCCGGAGAGCCAGAUGUGGCAAGGCCAAUUGGGGGCGAAACGAUUACCAGAGAGACCGAGCUUGCGGAAACGCCUCGAGGAACAACUCCCCGGGUCAUCAUCGCAGACGCCGGGCCAGGCUCGGCGCUACACGAACUGCGGGGCAGGUUACGGGAUCUCGGAGCCGACGCCAAGGUCGCUGAUAAGGUGCAGAGCCCAGUGCUGAGGGACAUACUAGGCGAAUCGCCCGUGUCGCAGGAUGUGGGUGCAGGUUCCGCAAGGGUGGCCGCUAAAGAGGAGGCAGAGGAGGUCAUGGGAGAAAGGGUGCCCGAGGGUGUGGACAUCAACAUCUUUAGAACUCGUCGUGGGUCGAGGAUAUUGCAGUCUCUAAAGUCACGAACCGAGAGACAAGUUGAAAAGAGCGUCGCCGAACAAGACACUACUUCAAAAACACGAGACCUCGAGUCAAGGAAGGCCAGGACCCAGACAGACGCAUCGACACAUGUGGCAAAGACUACCGCCGAUUCUACAGGUGAGGUUGCGUCGAUUGAGACCGUCGGGGCUGGCGAGGCCGUGGCGUUUGAACCGGUGGAAAUCCCCCAGACCCAGCCACUAGCCCCCGAGGUCGUCUCACCUGCGGUCUCGAUCCCAGACCCUCAAGCAGUGGUGGCAGCUGCACCCGCAGCCCCUGCCUACCAGCUCAGGGAGUCCAAGGUCCCCGCCUCGCGGCUCAGCCGGUUAUGGAACUACGGCGGCCUCGCGGCGGGCAUGCUCGGCGGGGCGCUGACCGAGAGCAUCAGCCGCGGCUUCGGCGGCGGCAGCGGCGAGGGCUCGGCCAUGCUCAGCCCGGCCAACAUGGAGCGGCUCGUGGCCAAGCUGUCGCGCAUGCGCGGGGCCGCGCUCAAGAUGGGCCAGGUCAUGAGCUUCCAGGACGCAAAGAUGCUGCCGGGCCCGAUCCGCGAGGUGCUACAGCGGGUGCAGGACCGCGCCGACUACAUGCCGGCCUGGCAGCGCGACCGCGUUCUCGCCGCGGACCUGGGCGGCGAGUGGCGGGACCUGUUUCGCGAGUUUGAGGAGACACCCAUCGCAGCCGCGUCCAUCGGCCAGGUCCACCAGGCCACGCUCAGGUCGUCGGGCAGGCGCGUGGCCGUCAAGGUCCAGUUCCCCGGCGUGGCCGACUCGAUCAACUCGGACCUGGACAACCUCGCUGUGCUGCUCAACGCCGCAAGCCUGCUGCCAAAGGGCCUCUACCUGGACAAGACCAUCGCGAACGCCCGCACCGAGCUCGCGUGGGAGUGCGACUACGAGCGCGAGGCCGAGUGCGCGCGCCGGUACCGCGACCUGCUGGCGGCGGGCGGCGGCGAGGACGCGCUCAUCUUUGCCGUGCCCGAGGUGUUCCCCGAGGCCUCGGGCCGGCACGUGCUGACCAUGGAGUUCAUGGGCGGCGUCGGCGUCACCCGGGCCGUCGGGUCGCUGACAGCGGAGCAGCGCGACUGGAUCGGCACGCAGAUCCUGCGCCUGUGCCUGCGCGAGAUCACCGAGUUCCGCUUCAUGCAGACGGACCCCAACUGGACAAACUUCCUGUACAACGCCGGCACGGGCCGCCUCGAGCUGCUCGACUUUGGCGCCUCACGCGAGUACCCGGCCCGCUUCGUCUCCCUCUACGUCCGGCUCCUCCUGGCCGCGUCGCGCGCCGACGGGCCCGCCGUCAAGGACCUGUCCGAGCGGCUCGGCUACCUAACGGGCCACGAGAGCAAGGCCAUGCUCGAGGCGCACACGCGGUCGGUGCUGACGCUGGCCGAGCCCUUCCUCGAGUCGGCGCCCGACGUCUACGACUUUAGCGACCAGACCAUCACGGAGCGCGUCAAGGGCCUCAUCCCCGUCAUGGUCCGCGAGCGCCUCGCCCCGCCGCCCGAGGAGACGUACAGCCUGCACCGCAAGCUGAGCGGCGCCUUUUUGCUGUGCGCCCGCCUCGGCAGCCGCGUGAGGUGCCGCGACAUGUUUGAGCGGAGCGUCGAGAGGUCAGGCGUCCUGGCGGAUCCAGAGGAGCAGGCUGCCGCCGCUGGCGAGGGGGCGAGCUCUGGCUAG